AUGAUUAUAACCGAUGACACCCCGAGCUCUCCGACAAAGGCCCAGCAAGCCCUCUCGGAGGCCCCUGCGCCAGAUACUAGGGACAACAUGCCACCACCUGCAUAUCCUGGACCGAGUUCAUAUCAGAACGCUUUACCAUUGCAAUCUAGCCAGCCUUUGUUGUCUCCUCAGGCCGACGACUUUGAGUAUGAACCUGUAGAACCAGCGGGACGAAGAUUCCUGAAAGCCUUUGCGCUCGCAGCCCUUACCUACUGCGUACUUGGUCUAUUCACGCAGGGCACCGUCGCGAUUGCGCAGCGAGGGAAUCGCCGGGGAGGGUGGAUUCGCGUUAAUCCUCGCAUACAGGUCGAUCGCGACAUGUACGGAUGGCCGUUGGUCAGCGAUGGCAAGAUUGUGCAAUGCGUGGCGGGUCGAUCAAAUUGGGACAACGACUAUGCUGGCGUACGGCCGAGCAAAUCCUUCGAAUUGCCCCUUUCAUCCGACGUUCUAUAUCUGUUCUCUCGCGGGCGCUUGUCUCAAGGGAACGUCCAUAUCGUCCACGAUGCAGAUUGGAGAAACCCAAGCAGUGUAAAAGUGGACGUCUCGCUUCACCAUGCAUCAACGGAGAUAUUGGACCGGAUCAGUGUGUGCCAACUUGAGCGACAGGAAGGGCAUUCGGGAGUGGGAAUUUUCACACCCCUGAGAUGGCCGUUCUGGUCUGAUUCCGCGUUCAGGUUUAAUGUCACUGUUCACAUUCCAAUGACGGAUGCUGCUUUGGGUCCUACUCUAGUCUCAGCCCUUGAAACAUCUCUUCCACAUUUCUACCAGCACGUAGGCGAUCUCAAUGGCGACGUUAUAUUCGAUUCGCUGUCGCUGAGGUCGACCAACGCCCCGAUUCAUGUGGAGCCUGGCGAGUCUGAUCCCGUUCAUAGUCCGACGACAAACGAUGCCAUUGAGGGCAACUUCUAUACAUCAGACGGCUUGACCUUGAUGACGACAAAUGCCCCAAUCAAGGCGGAUGUCGUCCUCUACCACGAUGCCAAGGGCAACAGUACUGCUGUCACCAUAAAGACGACCAACGAUCCGAUCACCGCCAACGUUCAUCUCAUAUCCAAGGCGCCCGCCUUGACAGGCGGCAAUUACAGCGUCGCCGCGCAGACGACCAAUGGGCCGUUGCGCCUAAGUUUCCCUGAGUCUGCGCUCGACGCACAGCUCGACGUGCGCGCGCGGACGACGAACGCGAUGGCGGAUGUGCGCAUGCACCGGGCAUUCGAGGGCACGUUUGAGCUGCGCACGACAAACGGACACAUCGAGGUGCCGUUCGACCAGAAUGCGACCGAUCCAUCGGGGCGGGGCCGCAUUCGGCAGCUGUCCGUUUCGCAACGCAACAAACUCGUGACGGGCUGCGUCAACUGGGGAGGGGCUGCGAGCGAGGGGCGUGUUGAAGUACAAUCGACGAACGGACCGAUUGCGAUGCGACUGCCGCUUGUCUCACUCAUGUUUUUAUAUCCGCCGUGUGGUCGGCAAAACGAGUGCCCUCAAUUUGCCUCUAGUGCCGCGCACGGACUGUUCCACCGUGAGCAUUCCGGUGUAGUGUCGGUCGUUGAACGGACCAACUUGCGAGAGGCCGAGGACCCGCGUAACGUUGUUCUCUUUGCGCAAAUGCGACCGCUCACCUUGGCUGGAUCAUCUCGAGCCAGUUCAUCAGAAGAUGUGGCCGCCACAAGCGUCCGUGAUCCCGCCUCGGAACUACUCAGGGAACCACGAAAAUAG